AUGUUGAGCCCUACCUUUAUUCUGUGGGAUGUUGGAUAUCCCUUUUACACUUAUGGCUCCAUCCUUAUUAUUGCAUUAAUUAUUUGGCAAGUGAGAAAGAAUCACCGAGAUUUAAGGGUGGGACCUAACAGGAGCUGCUGCCGGCGUCAUCGGAGAGUCAAACAAAGGGCUAAAGAUAAAACGUCAAGAGCUAGGAGACUUUCCCGGAAAGAAGCUGAGAAGCCGUGGGAGCUGCUCUCUGUCAUGAGAAGCCAGGACUGGCUUCCUCAGGAGGGGAGUGUGCGGCAGCUCCUAUGUGCAGAUCCCUGCUGCCAAAUCUGCAAUGAUGUGGCUCUGGAGAUUCAGCAGUUGAUAUUGGGUGAGAGUAGUCUGACCACGCCUACUUCAUCGGGGCCAUCACAUGGCUCCUCUUGCCUCGAUAUUUUGUCGCUGUCUAGUCUCUCUUUUGGGCAGAGUCAGCAUUCCCUGCAUUCCAAAGAGCUUUCACGUCCAUCAGCAACCCGCACAGUGUCACAGCUAACAACUCAGAAAUCCUUAACCCAGUUAGCUGCCAAGUCAACUUUCAAAUCAGCCACCAAGUCAGCCAGCGCAGUCACCAUCCAUGAUUACUGGGCUGACCACCAACAGCUAAGGCAGGGAUUUCAAGGGCCAGAUGUGCCCUGGGAUGCUGGAGUUUUGUCUUCUUCAAGUGUUGAAGAGCCUAGGAUUCAUCGAGACAAGAAGAGCAAUACUAAAUGUGUCCCGGAGAAACAAGAAGGUGCAGAAGCUGGCUUGGGAGAUAAGACGAAGCACUUUCCACAUUGGAUUAACCCUGAGGUGAAAGGUCAAGGGCAUAAGGAAUCCGUUCUCCUCUCCAAGGAUGAGAAAAUGACCGAAACCAAGACAAAAAAUGUUGAGAAGAGUCCACCUCCCACCAAACGCCCUGUGAAGGGAGCUAAGUCAGACAAGACAACAGAGGAGGAGGGCAUGGCCUUCUUUGAUGCCCUCCAGUGCCUAGACAAUGAGUUCCAGCAACACUCCCUUCAGUCCAACCAAUCUUGGUUCCUGCACCUUUCCCACAACAGCUCCAAGCACUGUCCUCAGCUGAUUUCUGCCACUCAGCCAGAAAAUACAUCCCAUGUCUCAACUGUCACCUCAGCAUAAGGCACCUGCCUAUACAAGGAGAAUACCCAAUCCAGGAAAAAGGAGUUCAUAGG